GUAUUUUUCUUUAGUAACUAUGAUCUGUAACUGUAUGCAUGAUUUCAGACACAUCUAAAUCUACCUGUUUUAACUGUCCUUUCUGUCCUACACAUGUAUAUGUGCAUUGGUGCAACUGUUUUUUUUUUUAUUUUUUAUUUUUUUUUAAUAUAUAAAAAGUAUAUGUUAAUUUGAUAGAUGUGGCUAGAUGAUGCUACUCAUAUUGAUUCUUCAUCCAUCUUGCAUCAGAAAUCCAGCACUUCUCUGCUGUUAAAAAAAAUGUGCCAAGUGCCAACUAAGCUUAGUUUAAGUUUUUAACUCCCAUCCGUUUCAUUCAAUGCUAUAUCAUAAUUAAUGCCAAGAUUUUUGGCAUGAUGGACUUAAUAAGGUUUGUGUGUGAUUCAUUUAUGUUAGGAUGUUGUUGUGCUUGAAGAAAGGAGGAGUGAAGAAUAAUAAUAGUAAUAAUAAUAAUAACAAUGGGGUGCACUUACUCAGUGUAUAGAAAGAAGAAAUCAAGGUUCCCUGAAGUUGUGAUCUUGGCUCCAUCAACAAGAAUUCCAGUUCAAUGUGAUCUUCAAAGGGAACUCAAAGGAGUAGUCCCUAAGGAUCUUGCUCAUAAAUUGUCCUCGCUGAGAAAUCAGAUAGCAUUGGUUGCUGAAGAUACUGGUGGAACAGCCGUUGCUGAAUUGAAGAGAGCUUUGAAUGAAUACUUAUCUCUUCUGAUUGGUCUUACCAAGAAAGAGCAUGGCCUUGAGGGACUAAUUGAAUUCAAGUGGAAAAAUCUUGAAGAUUUUCGACAAGAUAGCAGUAUAGCAAAUGUCUGGUUUGAGAUUCUAUCUGCUGUUCAUCUUUUGGCUAUGCUGACGCUAUCCGAAGCCGAUUCGCUGAUGAUUCCGAAAGACAAUUCAGGCUCUGGAUUCAGGGUUGUAUGUUCAGAUAGCAAGAGAGAAGCAGUUGACUUGUUACUCAAGGCAUCCGGAUACCUCGAGUUCUGCGUCCGGAAUAUUCUUACUUGGAUACCCGCCGAAAUCAAGAAAGUUUUGCCCCAGGACUUGAAGGAUGGUGUAUUGGAGGCUAUAGCUAUUCAAGCAUUAGGCCAGGGAACUGAAAUUCAGCUUGGUCUUGCGGUGGAAUCUCAGAAGGCAACUUUGUCUGUGAAGAGGAGGUUGGCAUGUGAACAAUUGCUCUACUUUAGUCAGGCUUAUCAUUGCUUGACAGGAUGUGAACUCAACCAAGGCCAUGGAAAGAAGCAUCUCAAGUUCAUUAAAUGGAAAUUCCUUGAAUCCAAGGCCGCAGCAUAUUACUACCAUGGUCUGAUCCUUGACAAGGGUAACGAAGCCAGCAACAACCUCAGCGCCGUUUCUUGUUUUCUUGCGGCACAACAACUUCUGGCGGAAAGCAAGAAGGCUUGCCUAACCUUUUGUCUUGCAGCUCCAGUCACAAGGGCUCCUCCACUCUGGGGUGUUAUGAAGCAUUUACAUCAGAAAAUUCCUGAUGUUGCAUCAAGGAAAUCCCAAAUGUAUGCCUUCCUUUUGGACCAACAGAAGGGUGUUCAAGCAUUGCCAGAGUUACCUGAGUUCCAAUUGUCAUUGCGUCCAGAUGACUAUGAACUCCCAGAAAUUGAUCCAUCAUGGGACAAUACAAACUGGGGAACUCUAGGACAGCCAUUGAAAGAGCACCUUAGAGAUAGUGACGAUGAGAAAGAGAAUUCAUCAACUCAUUGAUUUCAUAUAGGACCUGCUUAAAUUCAUAUAUACGUGCUAACAUUUUAAUUACUAUGCAAAAAUCAGGGCCAUUAUUCACAUUAUGGCUCCUAAAUCCUACAAUAGUAAGACAUAUCAAAAGGAUAUUUCUCU